AACUCUUUUUUUAAUCUCUCCAGAGCAACAGCGAUACUACAAUUGAGAGGGAGAGAGAGAAAGAUGGAGGAGGAUGGGUUUGAAGGGGAGGGGAAUGUGGUGCUGGGACCGUGCCUGACCAGCUAUGUGGACAACGGAAGCUCUGAGAGCCAUAGAUACUAUCUGGCACGCAGAACUGUGCUGGAGAUGCUCAGGGACAGAGGCUAUGCCGUGCCCAACUCUGAAAUCGAGCUCUCUCUACAAGACUUCCGGGCCAUUCACGGCCAAAACCCAGACCUUGAGCGCCUCCGAAUCUCCACGACGUUUCGCUCUGACCCUUUGAAAAGGAUUUUAGUAAUUUUUUGUGGACCUGGUGUAGUAAAAGUUAAUGUGAUCCGCAGCAUUGCAUCCCAAAUUGUCAACAAAGACACUUUAAGUGGAUUGAUAUUAAUAGUGCAAAACCAUAUAACAUCCCAAGCCAUGAAAGCAGUGGAUCUUUUCCCAUUUAAAGCUGAAAUAUUUCAGAUUACUGAUUUGCUUGUGAACAUUACAAAGCAUGUGUUAAAGCCAAAGCAUCGGAUACUGACUGACCAAGAGAAACGGAGGCUCUUGAAAAAGUACAAUAUAGAAGAGAAGCAGCUUCCUCGAAUGUUACGAAAAGAUGCAAUUGCGAGAUACUAUGGACUUGAGAAGGGGCAGGUGGUGAAAGUGAGCUAUGGUGGUGGUGAAAUCACUGAGUCGCAUGUUACUUACCGUUGCGUUUGGUGAUGCCUACUUUUUAGUCUCCCUGUGGAAGUUGAACGUUUUUGAUGUAUCAUUUGAUGAGUGCUUUUGUUGACACUUUGGGGUUACCAUAUAUGAUCCUUGGACUUUUGUAGUGAUGUGUCCUUUAUGUAUACCUUGGUUGACUAUGAUCGUUGCUACAGCCUUUCAAGGGGAAAAAAUGUUGCAUCCAAGAAUCCUAUCUACAGUCCUAGAAGGAAAAUUCUACGUA